AUGCGGAUCAGAUACAGGGGUACUGAUACGGAUAAAGAACUCCUGUUUCGUGGAUAUGGCAUCGUUGCUGUGAGUUGUUGCACUGUGCACGAGGUCCCGAGAGUGGCACUGCGUUUAGGGUUCUCGGAAUGGCAAUGCAUCGGUUCAGAGGGUCAGUGCAGUGCCGCGACAGGAGUGCCAGAGACCGAGUUUUGGCACUCUCGAGGGGAGGGAAAAAAAUCAGCUUCACCCGCCAUUAACAUGCAAAUGGAGCCAGCAGUUGGGGAUCAGCGACUCAUUAAGCGAGUAACAACUUUGCAGCUGCACUUGGAGGACCUCUACUGCUUCCACUACACGGCGAGCAACGACGACAUCGUCAAGAGCAUGGGCUGGGACAUGUACAACCCCGCCCGCGAGUACCACCGCAUGGGCGUCCCCUGCGACUCGUGGUCGCCCACCGCCCUCAAUCACAAUUAUGAGAUCUGUGACACGUACCCUCAGGAGCUCUUCGUCCCCGCCUCGGCGCCCACGAAGGUCAUCCUCAGCAGUUCCAAGUUCAGGAGCAAGGGCCGCUUCCCCGUCCUCUCUUACCUUCACAAAAACCAGGCAGCGCUGUGUCGGUCCUCGCAGCCCCUCUCCGGGUUCAGCGCUCGGUGCGAGGAGGAUGAAGAGCUGUUGGACUGCAUCCUUCACUCCAACCCAAACUCUUCACACAUGAUCGUUGUGGACACAAGACCCAAGAUCAAUGCUAUGGCGAACCGCGCGGCUGGAAAAGGCUAUGAGAAUGAGGCCUAUUACGAAAACAUCAAAUUCCACUUCUCUGGGAUAGAAAACAUUCAUGUCAUGAGAGCUUCCCUUACCAAGCUAAUUGAGACAUGCCAGCUGGUUACCCCCUCGAUGAGCGGCUUCAUCGGGGGCGUGGAGUCGUCCGGCUGGCUGAAGCACGUGCGCUCAGUCCUGGAGACGGCGGCGUUCAUCACCAGUUCUAUGGUGGAGGGCGUCAGCGUCCUGGUGCACUGCUCGGACGGCUGGGAUCGCACGGCCCAGACCUGCGCCCUCGCCCAGCUCAUGCUCGACCCCUACUACCGCACGACUCAAGGAUUCCAGAUACUCAUUGAGAAGGAGUGGUUGGCAUUUGGACACAAGUUUACUGAUCGCUGCGGACACAUUCAAGGUGAUGGCAAGGAAGUGUCGCCGAUCUUCACACAGUUUCUUGAUUGUGUGUGGCAACUGCAACAGAUUCUGCCCUCAGCCUUUGAAUUUAAUGAAAGAUAUCUGCUAAUUCUUCAUGAUCAUGUUUACUCAGCUCAGUUUGGAACUUUCAUUGGAAAUUGCCAGAAGGAUCGCAUUGAUCUAAGAUUAGCAGAAAGGACUUACUCCCUCUGGGGCUACAUGAAGAUGCAUGAAAGCGAGUACAAGAACCCUCUGUAUCGAAGAGACUCAACUACAGAUGUCCUCAAAGUCAUUCUUUGUCCUCAGAGCAUCAGGUUCUGGCGUGGCAUGUACAACCGCUUCGAGAAUGGUGUGCAUCCACGAGAGCCUCUGGGUGAUCUCUUGGCGGCAACAACAGAGCACACACAAGGGCUCACCGACCAGGCAGAGUUUCUUACAAAGCGCAUCACUUGGCUCAAGAGUGAGUUAGAACUGAAAAGUGGCCAUUCACAGAAGAAAGACACAGACAACCGGUUACUUGAGGAUGGAGCACAACAGAAUGGAGACGAAAAGGUCAGUCCCUUAGUAGGUGGCCUGAGUAUGCGAGAAGUCGAGGAGUCCCUGGUUUCCGUUGGUGCUUUGACUGUCAACAGUGCAGAUGCAGCUGUUACACCUGAGAAACUCUCCCCAGGAUCCAACUUUAUUCAUCCAGCACAGAUUAUAGAGAGCGGCAAAAGGUUGUUGAAUCAGUUGUCCACGUACCAGUCUACUAGAAUUCUUUCACCUGAAAUCACUUCUGUAGCCCUGGAUUGGAAGACCUUCAGAAAUGUUCGAGAGUGUUCUUGUUCAACACCCUUUGAUCACUUCAGUCGUAAGUACCACUGUUGGCGAUGUGGAGAAGUCUUCUGCACAAGAUGCAUUGACAAGAAAGCAGCACUCCCUGGUCACUUGAGCCAGCAGCCUGUACCCGUGUGCCGACCCUGCUACAAGGAUGUCACUCGUUCCAUCUCCGUUGAUACCCCAUAGAUAAUUGUGGUUGCUAUUGACACUGUGGAUCUUUGAUAAUGUGGCCUCAAAGUUGUUGCUAUUUUCUACCGUAUAUUUUGUGAUGAAUAAGGAAUUUUCAUGUAACUUCAGAUCUAUUUUCUUCUUAUUUUUUUCACAUAGGAUGAAAUUUGUUGGGUUGACCAACAGGAAUUUUUGAUGCAGGGAAUAUUAGAGGAGGUUAUGGGUUUUGCCUUCUCAGGGUAUUGUUAAUCACAAAUGUAUCGUAAAUCUUAACUGUCCAGGCUACAGGAUAGUGUGGUGUGUAUGCAUUACUUUUGUAUCUGUUCCUUUGAUUUUUGUUGGAAAACUAAGUAUCUUUGAGACAAGGAGCUAAAUUUGAUGAACAGGUUAUUCAGUAAUCAUGUAAUUCAUGGAGGCUAUUAUCAAGACAAAGUUCACUUUUAGAAUAAUUUAUAAUUACUUAUGAAUAUUUAGUGACUAAGAUUAUGAUUAUUCUAGUAAAUUUAACUUGUAUAAAAAAAAUACAUUGUGAUUUCCUAUCAUUAUAUUGCAGAGAGCCAUCAUGAAUGUGACACAGAAUAAAUCUGUUUAUAUCAACCUAUAUCAACAUUGAUUUAGCACUUUGAUGCUGACAUAAUCAAAUAAAUAAUUUGUAGUCAUUUAUAUCAAUUUUUUUCCUUCUUUAAUAGUAGAAUCUAGAUUUUAGGUCUCAGGAGCAGCCUAGUCAUUUUAUUUCAUCCAUAUAACAUUUCCAGAUAAUAAUUCUUUUCCUUAGUUUGUCAGAGAAGAGUUGCUCCUCAUCAGUUGUGAUUUUCCCAGUGUACUGAAGGAAAAGGGUUUUCUAAAAGUUAUGCACUGGCUAUCUAUGAUAUCAAAGGUUUUAUAGCAUUAUUUUUUCAAUAGAGGUUGUGACAGUUGGCUAUCUGUCUAGUGUAGAAUCAAGUGGUUAACAUUAUCCUGUCAAAGUUAAAAUGUAACUGUUGAAUGUGGCUAGUCACUACCAGUUUGAUUUAGUAAAAUGAAAGGGUACCGUUACCUUGUUAAUUACAUUUCUUGUUGUUCAUUGCUCUCUUGGUGGUAUAGUACCCCUCUUUUCAAUAUACUUCACAGUAGAUCUUGCUCAGAAAUAAUUACUGAUUUUGUAGUUUUUAAUCCUAUGUAUAGACUAUUAAGAACACAGUAGAGGUAAUUCUUUAAACAUAUUUUAAGUUAAUAUUUUGAUAACUCCUUGCACUCAUUUUGUCCAUAUUGAUUAUCACUGACAGCCCUAAUCUUGUAAGCUUGAUCAUGAAAGACAAAGAAAGCAUGGAAGAGUCUCUCUAUGGAACAGAAGAUUCAGAUAUCUUAUACCUUUGUUUAUUCAGAAGACUUACUUUCCACACAUGAUAUGGUGCAUAAUACCUGUCAGUAAGGAUGCAAAAUCUUAUUGAUGAUCAAAUCUUGGCUGUUUUAUCCACAGUUUAGGUCUCUAGCAACUAAACAAUCAAUACAUAUUUGUCCAGUAUUUAUUAUUGAGACAUCCCACCUAUUCUCAUUUCAAGUUCAGGUGAUUAUGAAACAACCACAAUCUAGGACUGAAUUGUUCGAAUAACUUUCAGGUAAACUAGAUCAGCUGAUUCCAAGAAUAGUUAAUUAAUGAUCUACUGCAGAGAUGUAAGCUUUAGAUUUUUAUCAAGGCUGUCUGUAAAUACAUAAUAACCAGACCUUAAACAAAUGAUUUUUUUUUCUAGUUCUAGCAUCUGAAGUAGGUGAUAAUGACCCCACCUUACACCUCCCAUAAGUAAUGAAAUCUUGCCCUCAGUGGCCAACUACCUUUAUGCUACAAUUUGUGGCUUCCCCUGUGAUAGUGUGCAUUGUGAUACACAACCGAGGAAUAGCAAACCCAGACUUGUGCAUGAUGCCACAUGCAGUGUAAUUAGUAUACAGUAGCUAGAGUAUUCUGCCAUCAUUCUAGAGUCUUUGGUUAUUUAAUAACUAUCUGUAAGACGUGUACAACAGCUGAUUGUAAUCUGUCAUAUUAUUUAUAUUCUUUGAUGUUUGCUCAUGGUCUUUUGGCAUAUUUAUUUUGAAAUUAUGUCUGCAAUGACCAGUGUCCACAUACCGUGUACUGGUUAAGUUCCACAAAGUAUCACAGCUGAGUUCAAAUCAUGGUGUUUUAAAUCCCAAAACUCAAUUGAAAUGAGGUUUUUAAUUAUGAUUUGUAUAAAAUCUUAAUUUUAAGUUCUUUACUCCAAUUUUGUAUUUUCUUUUGCUUGUGUAUUAUAAUGGUACUACAAGGAUUACAGUUUUCACUUAGACUUUAGAUAUAUUCACACAAGCAUACUUUGUUUCAGGUGGUUGUGUAAUUCGUAUGUGCAUGUGUAUUUUCCUUUCUGAGAUUGUCCCUUGACUCAGAAACAGAUUGAAGCAAACAAUAUUUUGAUUUUUUCUCUACUAUAUUGAAUUUGUUACCAUACAGGUGAAAUAUUUUCUUGCAUAAUAUACAAUUUUAUAGUGUUCCACUGUAUUGGCUUGAGGCUAGUAUACUGAAAUGAAAAUUUAAAAGAGAAUAAUCAAUGAACAAAAUACUCUCAUAAAAGAUAAAAUCUUCAAAGUCAAUAAUGUUGAAUAUGGAUCUGAUUCUUUGUAAUGCAAAAAUUAUUAUAAUAUAUGUAGGACAUUAGUGUUGCAUACAAGACCAAAUUGGUAGAGAUUGAAAAUGUUAUACCCCAUAAGACUUGAAAGAUAUUUGGUCAGGGAUGAAACCAAUAGCUGAAAGCUUGAAAAAAUAAAUGGAAAUUACUAUUAUUGUUAUUAUUUUGAGUAUAUGAUAAUAACUAGUUUGUAUUCAACAUAUCCAAAGACUUCUUUUGUAUGCUGACCUUGUCAUAUUGUGUAGUAUUUCUAUACAAAACCUCUUUUCUGGAGUGUGUUAAUAUUUCAUACAUAAACCCACAAUAUUUUUGCAUGAUAUUUGAUCUUGCAAAUAUUAUGUUUCAAUACAUAUAUACUUUUUCUUUUCUUUUUUUUAAUAGGAAGUAUACAGUACUCAAUACAUUUUAUCAUAUCUCUAUAGUCCGAUUUCAUAAUAUAACUUGAAGUGAGAUCCUUUUUGGGUCACUGUACAAAGGUACGGAAGUACCGUGAUAAAGAAAUAAAAAGAGUUGCUUUAUCAGUUUGAGCCUCUUAUGUAAGUGUUCUGUGUUGUCAGCUUGUAUCUGUUGAAAUAGACAUGAAGAAGUCCUGAACUCUAUUGUUCAUUUCUGUUGAUGAAAAAAAAAAAAAAAAAACCAAGCAUAUUUAGAAGAAAAAUAUGACUGCUUCAAUUUUACAGCUAUGAAACAAGACUCAUCUGUUGUUUGUAGAAAUCCACAAAAGACAAGUGCUUAAGUAUGAUAAAGAAUAUUUGAUUAUUUAACUGUAAAACAGUGUUCAUUGGGUCAUUAUACAUCAAAAUUAUUAUAAAACAACAACGAAGACCCAUCUCAACUGCAAAUAUCAAAUUACUUAAAUAUAAAUGUCUGUAUUUCUUCAAUGAAGUGAAACACAUGUAGAGCAAUACUCGUGUUAUAAAUAUGUUACCACUCAAGCUUUGCAGUUUCAAAUCUUAAUGGAUACUAUUUAUGUACAUUUUCCAAGUAUUUCAUUUUUUUUGGUCAUUCUAUAAUCUCUUUUAUAAUUCCCACUAUGUAUUAUCAGAUCUUUGUGAUUUACCUUUUAUAUAAUCUGGGGAAAUGCCUCUGUAUAUGUAUAUCUGUGAAUACUGGAUUAUUUUUCAAUUUAUUGUUCCACUACAAAUGUCUCUGCUUGAUGAUCACUAAAUUCUCAAGUUGAAUAGUAACUUCACAAACAAAAAGAAAAAAAAAAAGAUAAAAACAAUCUCUUAUUUGCAUUCCAAUUACUGUUUUAAGAAAAGCCCACAAUUCUUCAUUACAUUUGUAUUUAAUACUGGACUGUACACCCUUAAUGGAAGGGUGAUGUGUAUCUUAUUUAAGUUUCUUCAAUCAUUAUGUGAGUGGUGUGUAGUCCAUGAUAACAAUUUGUAUUAUGAUAUAAUAAUCUUGAUCUGUAAAUAGCAAAGCUCUUAACUUGUAUGUUGUAUAUAGGAUACUGGCAGCACCUAGACUUAUGGGCCAUUGGAAGAACUACUUAUUUUUUACAUGUACAAUAAUGCUGAUAUUGUUAAAUAAUGUUAUGAAUAGCAAGUCUAUGAUCUGAGGUGUGAAGUAAAGUAAAUAAAUAUUA